GUCCUUCUAAUUCAAUGUGCCACAUACAAACCAAACCAAUCAUACUAGUAAGUAAUUCAAAGUCAUAAGAUUUUCACACAAAAAAUGGUCAUGGAUUUCAAUGCUAGAACAUUCCUUGCAAUAGUGGUGAUGUUUCUUUUGGCAUCAAGUGUCUUAAUUAUGGAAACUGAGGCAGCUGGAGAAUGUGGAAGGACACCAAUUGGGUCAGCAGCAGCUAGUCUAAGUCCAUGUUUGGGUGCCACACGUAAUGUGAGGGCAAAAGUUUCACCAGCUUGUUGUGCUAGAGUUGGUGCUUUGCUUAGAACUUCUCCAAGAUGUCUUUGUUCUGUUCUUUUAUCACCUCUUGCUAAACAAGCUAAGAUUAAUCCUGCUAUUGCUAUCACUGUUCCUAAGAGAUGCAACAUUAGGAACCGACCUGCUGGAAAGAAAUGUGGAAAGUACACACUUCCUUGAAAUCAGAACAGGAGAAUAAUAUAUGUGAUCUGAAGUAUUUAACAGAUUAGAGAGCUAAAUAAGUUUUGGAAUAUGGUAUUUUCUACUUGGAAAGUGACAUAUGCCAGACUGUAGAAUUUUGUAUUUCUCAGUGUAUUGUUGUAUGGUUUGAUGUAUUGCGUGAUAUUUAUAAAAUAUACUAAUUACUAUUGA